AUGGCAGAAUCCGCCGAUACAAUCAGCACCACCGUCUCACCACCACCGGAAUCCGAAGCCUCCUCCACCACAUUACCUUCAGUACCAGAUCUUACAUCAGAAGAAGCUUCAAAAGAAACAGAUCUGAAAAAAGAAUCUUCUUCACCAGAGAAGAAACUCGGUGGCAUCUCUCUCCGCAUUUGGCCACCGACUCAGAAAACUCGCGACGCCGUCUUGAAACGCCUCAUCGAGACAUUAUCGACCGAAUCUAUCCUCUCUAAGAGAUACGGAACUCUCAAAUCUGAGGAAGCGAACGAAGUCGCGAAAUCAAUCGAGGAUAAAGCUUACGACGUCGCUUCGAGUGCUGUGUCGAGUGACGAAGAUGGGAUCGAGAUUCUUCAGGUUUAUUCUAAAGAGAUUAGUAAACGUAUGCUUGAUUCCGUCAAGGCUAGAUCUACUGUGGCUGGGAAUGAAACUGAAUCGACCAAUGAAUCUGUGGCUGAUUCUAAAGACGAUGCUGCUCCAGAAUCUGAGGCUUGA